AUGUCAUCAACAAAACUACUAUCACAAAGUUUACAAUCAUCAACUAAUCAACAAAAAGAAGAAUCAUCAGCAAUUACUCCAUCUAAAAUAUUACAACAAUUUAAAUUAAAUACAAAUUUAUCAAAUAAUUCUAAUAAUUCCAAUAAUUCAAAUAAUUCAAAUAAUUUAAAUAAUUCAAGUAAUUCCAAUAAUUCAGAUAAUAUAAAUACUGCCACAACUACACCUGAUGAUUCAUUACCUCCAUUUUCAUUCUCAAAAAAACCAUGUACUUUAUCAAGUAUAAAUGAAAUUUCAAAUAUCACCUCCAAGAUAAAUAAUAAUAAUAAAAAUAGAAGGUCAAAUAAAUCAUCAACUAAUAAUAGUGUUAAUAAUAGUCCCAAAUCAGAUCAUCAAAUUGAAUUUAAAGAUUUUGAUUAUGAUGAACAAAUUAGAUUUCCAAGAAUGAAUAGUAAAAACUAUACUUAUACUUAUUCAACUAAAAAAUCUUCUUUUAGUUCAAAUGAAGAUAAAAAUAAUAUUUUACCUAAAAGAAUAGAAUCGUUUGAAUCAUUAAAUAGUAAUAAAUCAGCAAAAAAUACUAAUAAUAAAAAUUCAAUAAUACAAGAAGAAAAUAAUCAUAAUACUAGCAACAACAACAACAACCAUAACAAUAAUCAUAACGAUUAUACCCCAGCAAUAUUUGACUUAAACCAACCAAUAAGAAGAUCAUCAGAACCUCAAAAAUGUGAUAAAUCAAACGAUGAAUUUAAAUUAUUAUCAGAAUAUACCUCCAAUAAUUGUUGCAUAUAUGAACCGAAUCCAAGUACAAAAAGAUCAAAUACUCUUACCAAUUUACCACUUACUCAAACACAAACUCAAGAUUUUAAAAAACGACCAAUGAUGACACCAGCUGUUUUAAGACCACCUCCAAUAUUAAGUUCAACAAAUAAAUUAAAUUAUCAAAAAAUUUUCACUAUAUUAAACAUUGAUUCUAAAUCAUUAGAUUAUAAAUCAGAACCAACUCAUAUACAUUGGAAAUCAAAUAAUUCAACUCAACAAUGUUAUGGAUGUUCUACAAUUUUUUAUUCAAAAUUAAUAACAAUGAUUUAUGAUGUACCAAAAAGACAUCAUUGUAGAUUUUGUGGAUUAAUAUUUUGUUUAGAUUGUCUUGAAAAUUCAAAUAAUGUAUUACUUGAUAAAUUUGCAAAUUUUAUUAUACCCAUUAAAUCACAUAUACCUAAAAAUGUUACUAAUGAAUCCAUUAAAAUAUGUAAAAAAUGUUGUUCAAUAUAUGAUAUAUUAACUACAGAAAUAACUCAACCUAAAAAUUUCAAAAAUUUAAAAUUAUCAGAUAUAAAACAAUGGUUUUUACUUGUAGAAAAUCCAAAUUUAUAUCAUUCAUUUAGUCAAGCAUAUAAUGAUUCAACAAUUUUAAGAUUUAAACAAUUUAGUUUGGGAUCUAAUGAAGAUGAUGAAAUUAAUGAUAACAAUUCUUUUAAUGAUAGAAGAGAUUCAAAUGGUGGUAGAAAAAGUAGUUUUGUUGUUAAUGAUUUAUCAAAUGAUUGGAAUUGGAGUUCAUUUUGA